CUCGUAGUGGAGUUCAUUGUUCGUCUACUCUCCUGCUAAUAUUAAUAGCUAGCAGGCUGCAGAGGCUGUUUUAGCUAGCUACAUUACCUCUUGCAAGAAAGUAAAAUAAGAAUACAAUAUACUUUAGAAAAAAGCUAGAAUACAGAGAUGAGUAAAAGGAAAGCGCCACAGGAAUCCCCAAACGAGGGAAUAACAGACUUUCUUACAGGUAAAUCAAGCGGCGUGCUAGCUACCAGCUAACGACACCUGGCUAGCACAUAUGAAUAGGUUAGCUAGCUAGCUUAAUUUGCAACCAAAUAUCGCAAACAAUGGGUCAAGCAGAUGGACAUAAUAUGAAUAGCUUGUUACUAACUAGUAUAUAAAACACGAAUGCAAAUUUAUUUCAAUCUUUAAAACGCUAACCCCUAGUGUUGUGUAGUCCUCGUAACGUUGAGUUAGCUAAUAGCUGUGUCAAACUCGUCACAUUUAAUCCCCUUUUGCACAGCCUGUUAUGGUGAGGUAAAACGUCAGCAUCUGUGAUGCUCAUGGACCAUGGUUAAUAGCCUGUUAAUCCCUCCAAUAUUCUCUGUUAGUUUAUGUUUCUUCAAUAUGCGAAGUCUGAGUCAGUAUGAUUCUAUAUUUGUUUCUUACUCUUCCAGAAUUGGCCAACUAUGAGAGGAAUGUCAACAGAGCUAUCCACAAGUACAACGUCUACAGGUAAGACAUGGUAGUAGUGUAGUGAAGGAUGCUAGUGUCCCUUCACAACAGGCAUCUGAAUAAGUCAUUUGUCUGGCUCCUUCAGCCCCACGUUUACAGUGAAGAACUUUAUCUGUGUUGUGCAACUGUUUUUCAGGAAAGCCGCUUCAGUGAUCUCCAAGUACCCCCAGAAGAUCAAAAAUGGGGAGGAGGCCAAGAAACUGGUGAGGGCAUAGGUGUCUCAGACAGUACAGUGCUGUUAUAGCAGUAGUUGAUUGACUUGGAAGCUCAUCUGAUGUUAGCCCAAGAUGUAAUCAAAUCAAAUGUUAUUUGUCACAUACACGUGUUUAGCAGAUGUUAUUGAUGGGUGUAGCAAAAUGCUUGUGCUUCUAGCUCCGACAGUGCAGUAAUAUCUAACAAUUUCACAACAUAUACCCAAUACACACAAAUCUAAGUAAGGAAUGGAAUUAAGAAUAUAUACAUGUAUGGACGAGCAAUGACAGAGCGGCAUGGACUAAGAUACAGUAGAAUAUUAUAGAAUACAGUAUAUACAUAUGAGAUGAGUAAUGCAAGAUAUGUAAACAUUAUUAAAGUGACUAGUGUUCCAUUUCUUAAAGUGGCCAGUGAUUUCUAUAGGAAGCAGCAGCCUCUAAUGUGCAAGUGAUGGCUAUUUAACAGUCUGAUGGCCUUGAGAUAGAAGCUGUUUUUCAAUUAUCUCGGUCCCAGCUUUGAUGCACCUGUCCUAACCUCGCCUUCUGGAUGAUAGCGGGGUGAACAGGCAGUGGCUCGGGUGUCCUUGAUGAUCUUUUUGGCCUUCCUGUGACAUCGGGUGCUGUAGGUAUCCUGGAGGGCGGGUAGUUUGCCCCCGGUAAUGCGUUCGGCAGACCACACCCCUCUCUGGAGAGCCCUGCGGUUGUGGGUGGUGGAGUUGCCGUACCAGGCAGUGAUACAGCCCGACAGUAUGCUCUCAAUUGUGCAUCUGUAAAAGUUACUACCGUUACUCCUUAAGGUCCAAGGACCUUCCUUGUAUGUUAUUUUCAGAGGUAGACUGGCUCUGGCAGCCAAAACAGCCAAGUACUCCAUCUAAACGUGAAUCGAUUCUCAAAACCGAUAUAGUUAUAUAAACAUAAAGCCCUCUACUUUCAUAUCACAUCAAAAUAAUUUCACAAAUGCAAAAUAUACACUUACUGUACACUUUUUUUAACCGGCAGCCAACCGUAUUUUUCAGUGACCACACGUUUCUGGAGGCUUUCUUCUGUUACGCACAGGUGUUCGGAGUACGCUAGAUAGCUAAUUAGCACAGGUGGUCCCUCUGUCUUCCGUCUGUCUUCCGUAAACACGCGCUGUAAUAUGGAAAUAGGGUGUUGUGGGAACACUUACCCAAUAAAGGUGUGUAUCAAUUUAACCUUUAGUUAUUUUUUUAAACAUUUCAUGCCUUUAUGAAAGAUAAGGUCCUUAUGCUUCCAAAACUGUACAGCAAGCGGCGCGUGUUAAUGUUCAGACCGAGCGUUGGGGCUCUUAACAAAACUCCUGUACAGAAGACACCUUCGUCCAAUUACUUUUAUGUCAUGAUCAAGGAUUAAUCUGAUGCCAGCCAAUGCUCACCUGUAAAGUAGUAUAACAAUACAUCAUUAUACUUACAUUAUACAUUAUAUUGUGUUAAUCUAUUUUAAAUAGGAGGGAGUUGGAAAAGAGAUCGCUAAGAAGAUAGAUGAGUUUUUACAAACAGGAACACUCAAGAAGUUGGAAAAGGUGAGUGUUUGAGGAAUUACAUAUUAUCCUUCAUGCAUAGACAGUGAACUCUGUGUUAAAGGUGCAGUCUGUCACUUCUUUGUCCACUGUAACCACAAUGCAAAAUGCACAAACAAAAUAUGAUAAUUAAAUUGUUAUUUCCACUCAGUUUGAUGCAGGCUAAUGGAUUGUGUUUAUCUUCCCAGAUUCGUAAUGAUGACACCAGCUCAUCCAUCAACUUCCUUACCAGAGUUACUGGUAUUGGGUAUGUCUUCUGCUUUGUUUGUUAAACCCAAUCCCUGACCCCUUUUUCUAGCCCUGGGGUGGCAAACUCUUCUCGCAGAGAACUACCGUUCCACAGGAUUUUGUUCCAGCCUUUAUCGAACACACAUAACCAGUUGUUAACUCUUCUCCCUCCUUCUCCAGUCCGGCUGCUGCCAGAAAGUUUUUUGAUGAGGGAGUGAAGACCCUGGAAGGUUUGUCGAACUUUUAAAGCUAUUUUUUACAUUAAGAAGAAUAUACCAGAAUAGCCUGCAGUGCAUAUGGUGAAGGGGUUGAGUAUAUACAGUGGGGGAAAAAAGUAUUUAGUCAGCCACCAAUUGUGCAAGUUCUCCCACUUAAAAAGAUGAGAGGCCUGUAAUUUUCAUCAUAGGUACACAUCAACUAUGAUGGACAAAUUGAGAGAAAAAAAAUCCAGAAAAUCACAUUGUAGGAUUUUUAAUGAAUUUAUUUGCAAAUUAUGGUGGAAAAUAAGUAUUUGGUCACCUACAAACAAGCAAGAUUUCUGGCUCUCACAGACCUGUAACUUCUUCUUUAAGAGGCUCCUUUGUCCUCCACUCGUUACCUGUAUUAAUGGCACCUGUUUGAACUUGUUAUCAGUAUAAAAGACACCUGUCCACAACCUCAAACAGUCACACUCCAAACUCUACUAUGGCCAAGACCAAAGAGCUGUCAAAGGACACCAGAAACAAAAUUGUAGACCUGUACCAGGCUGGGAAGACUGAAUCUGCAAUAGGUAAGCAGCUUGGUUUGAAGAAAUCAACUGUGGGAGCAAUUAUUAGGAAAUGGAAGACAUACAAGACCAUUGAUAAUCUCCCUCGAUCUGGGGCUCCACGCAAGAUCUCACCCCGUGGGGUCAAAAUGAUCACAAGAACGGUGAGCAAAAAUCCCAGAACCACACGGGGGGACCUAGUGAAUGACCUGCAGAGAGCUGGGACCAAAGUAACAAAGCCUACCAUCAGUAACACUCUACGCCGCCAGGGACUCAAAUCCUGCAGUGCCAGACGUGUCCCCCUGCUUAAGCCAGUACAUGUCCAGGCCCGUCUGAAGUUUGCUAGAGUGCAUUUGGAUGAUCCAGAAGAGGAUUGGGAGAAUGUCAUAUGGUCAGAUGAAACCAAAAUAUAACUUUUUGGUAAAAACCCAACUCGUCGUGUUUGGAGGACAAAGAAUGCUGAGUUGCAUCCAAAGAACACCAUACCUACUGUGAAGCAUGGGGGUGGAAACAUCAUGCUUUGGGGCUGUUUUUCUGCAAAGGGACCAGGACGACUGAUCCGUGUAAAGGAAAGAAUGAAUGGGGCCAUGUAUCGUGAGAUUUUGAGUGAAAACCUCCUUCCAUCAGCAAGGGCAUUGAAGAUGAAACGUGGCUGGGUCUUUCAGCAUGACAAUGAUCCCAAACACACUGCCCGGGCAACGAAGGAGUGGCUUCGUAAGAAGCAUUUCAAGGUCCUGGAGUGGCCUAGCCAGUGUCCAGAUCUCAACCCCAUAGAAAAUCUUUGGAGGGAGUUGAAAGUCCGUGUUGCCCAGCGACAGCCCCAAAACAUCACUGCUCUAGAGGAGAUCUGCAUGGAGGAAUGGGCCAAAAUACCAGCAACAGUGUGUGAAAACCUUGUGAAGACUUACAGAAAACGUUUGACCUGUGUCAUUGCCAACAAAGGGUAUAUAACAAAGUAUUGAGAAACUUUUGUUAUUGACCAAAUACUUAUUUUCCACCAUAAUUUGCAAAUAAAUUCAUUAAAAAUCCUACAAUGUGAUUUUCUGGAAUUGUUUUCUCAUUUUGUCUGUCAUAGUUGACGUGUACCUAUGAUGAAAAUUACAGGCCUCUCUCAUCUUUUUAAGUGGGAGAACUUGCACAAUUGGUGGCUGACUAAAUACUUUUUCCCCCCACUGUAUGGGAAUGCCAUACAAUUUCAAAAGUAACUUCAAUUAUUAUUAUUAGACUAGAGUGCGCUCCAAAAGUGUUGGGACAGUGACACAUUUUUUGUUGUUUUUCUCUGUAAUGGAUUUGAAAUUAUACAAUGACUAUGAGGUUAAAGUGCUGACUGUUAGCUUUAAUUUUAAUUUUCAUCCAUAUCGGGUUACAGAUGCACAAAUAUCAUACUCCCAAGACAUGCUAACCUCUCACCACGGGGAGGUUAUCAAUUUUGGGGGGAAUUAUAUUUAUGCCUCUUUUUCAACGAUUCAUUCAGGAUUAUCAGUAAUCAUGGUAGCAUCCACAUUAAUGUAGAAGUGUUUAGAAAUAUAUUCUAUUCCAUAUCGGUUCACCUCAAAUUAAAGCUGACAGUCUGCACUUUAACCUCAGUCAUUGUAUCAUUUCAAAUCCAAAGUAAUGGAGUACACAUACAAAACAAGGAAUGUGUCACUGUCCCAAUACUUUUGGUGCUCACUGUAUAUUAACAAUGUUGUGCUUUUAGAUCUGAAGAAAAUUGAACACAAGCUCAAUCAUCAUCAGCAGAUUGGACUCAAGUAAGUGUGAAUUUCCUGUCAGUGGUUCAAUCUGCCUGCACCAAUGUAAGUGUUUUGCUAAUGUUGUAUGAGCAUCAUUGGUUGGUGUCUCAUACAUUCCAAUUUAAGUUUCCUGUUCAUGCUUGAUGGCAUGUGUGUGACGCUGCUCUGUGUCUGCUGUAGGUACUUUGAGGAGUUUGAGAAGAGGAUUCCACGAGCUGAGAUGACGAAGAUGGAGGUGGGUGAAAUUACUGUUGUGAAAACAUUUUAUGCCACUUUUUAAAAGUGGUUAGAAUGGCGUUUAUUUACUCUUACUACUGUCUUACACUUUGUGUGUGUUUGUCCAGACCUUCAUUCUGCAGGAGCUGGAGUUGCUGGAUACUGAGUACAUCGGGACCAUCUGUGGAAGCUACAGGAGAGGUGAGUCCUGACAUGUAGUGGUGUACUUGGAGGUUUUUAGUAUUAGUAAUAACUGUGUGUACUGUUUAGAUGUGCAUGUUUCAUCUAUGAUCAAGGAAGUGAUUGCACUGGGAAGAAAAAUAAACUAGAUUUAUUUUUUUGGUCAUUUUCUCAUUAUUUAUCUGUUCCUGCAUUCUCUUCUGCAGGUGCUGAAUCCAGUGGGGAUAUUGAUAUCUUGUUGACCCACCCAAACUACACCUCUGUGGAUGAGAAACAGGUAACCACCAAACUCCACAAUGCCUACUGCUGCUUUGGUACUGUAAUGAUUAAUAUACACACACUAAGGUACAGUUGACUCCUUUAUAAGUGCACAUUGGAUAAGUGCAAUCUCCAUUUAAGUGCUUUACAGUUCACCAGUCCAUAUUUGAAUACAUUCUUGAUAUUUGCUAUGUAUAUCUUCAUGCUUUGGUUUAGUGCAUGCAUUCAUGACAGCCCAAGGGCAUUGCAUUCAACAGAAGACGACCUUUUAUGACUUUCAUAUGCUCAUCCCAUCCUUCCUUUGUUCUUCCUCUUCAAGCCCAAACUUCUCCAUGCCGUGGUGGAACAUUUUGAGUCCAUUGGGUUCAUUACAGACACACUGUCCAAAGGAGACACCAAAUUCAUGGUGAGGACUGCGUGUGGCUAGCUAGCUGCAGGGAAUAUUGCUUUAUCUGUUUCUUUAACAGUGAAAGUAACUAAGAUGUUUUAUGUCUUCAUUUGUAAUGUAAUUUGUACAGCAAGUGUCUGUACUGCUUUCACUUAACUAAAUUGGAAGCAAGCGUUCAAGCACAUGGCUCACUGCUUAUUUAUGUGAUAGUUACUCUCUCUAGUCACAUUAGUCAGAAUGUUUAUCAAUUCAACCUAUAUUUUACCUGGUCCACGACCUGGUCAUUGAUUUGAUGGUUGCUGUCUCUAGGGAGUCUGCCAGCUGCAACAAAAUGAUGAAGACGGGGAGGAAUAUCUUCACAGGCGCAUUGAUAUCAGGUGGGUAUCUAGUGUCCUCUUGACACCGCCUGAUAUAGAGGUCCUAGAUGGCAGGAAGCUCGGCCCCAGUGACGUACUGGGUUGUACGCACUACCCUCUGUAGCGCUUUGCGGUCAGAUGCCAAGCAGUUGCCAUACCAAGCGAUGAUGCAGCCAGUCAAGAUGCUUUCAAUGGUGCAGCUGUAUAACUUUUUGAGGAUCUGAAGGCACAUGCCAAAUCUUUUCAGCCUCCUGAGGGGGAAGAGGCGUUGUUGUGCCCUCUUCACAACUGUUGUUGUGUGUGGACCAUGAUAGGUCCUUAGUGAUGUGGACUCUGAGGAACUUGAAGCUCUCGACCCGCUCCACUACAGCCCUGUCGAUGUGAAUGGGGGUGUGCUCGGCCCUCCGUUUCCUGUAGUCCACAAUCAGCUCCUUUGUCUUGCUGACUUUGAGGGAGAGGUUGUUGUUCUGGCACCACACUGCCAGGUUUCUGACAUCCUCCCUAUAGGCUGUCUCAUCGUCGUCGGUGGUCAGGCCUACCACCAUUGUGUCGUCGUCAAACUUAAUGAUUGUGUCGCUAUAACAGAAAUAAAAUGUCCCUUAUCUUACUGCAGGUUAAUUCCUAAGGACCAGUAUUACUGUGGUGUGCUGUAUUUCACUGGCAGUGACAUCUUCAAUAAGAACAUGAGAACUCACGCUCUGGAGAAAGGCUUCACUCUCAACGAGUACACCAUCCGGCCAGUGGGGGUCACUGGUGAGUCACACUGAAAUAGCAGCAGUCCAAAAUCAACCCCUUGCCGCAACUGCUAAAGACAUUCUGUUUGGUUCUGAAAGGACCGGAUGGAUUGGUGUAAGCUGAGGAAACUCAUAUUGCUUACACACAGCGAAUCCUUCAGAUCCAAGUGUCUAGAGAUUGAUUUUGGAUUAGGCACCUGUAUCUUAUUUACUGAAAUUCAUAAAUGUAUCUAUCUCUGUCAUUAACUGGUGGGUUAGCCAACUGUGUAAAGUGACUUAAACUGCAAGGUUAGUUCAUGUCUGUUUCUCUGUGGUUGUAGGUAUGGCCGGAGAGCCUCUGAUGGUGGACAGUGAGAAGGACAUCUUUGACUACAUCCAGUGGAAAUACAAAGAGCCCAAAGAGCGCAGCGAGUGAAAGGAGGGGUUAAAAAUACACUUUUUAUCCUCACAUGAUUUAACUUCAAAGGCUGAAAAUGGUGUAUGUGUUUCUGUGUGUUUUAGGGAUUCUAUAUAUUUUGGUGUCUGUUUUCCCAGGAGGGAAAAAUAGGACAAAACCAUGAGGUUUCUCCCAGUCCCACUGACUUUUUAUACCAGGUAAUAGAUAUUGAAGUGAACUCUAUCAAUGUUUUUGAAAUCACUAGUAAAUGCAAUCAUGCAUUGAGAACGAAAUAUGCUUUAGAUUGACAAAUCAUUUAGAGCUUCAAAUAGACUUGCAAACACUCAUCAUAUGCAUGAUGUGUUCUUUGAUUGCCAGAGAUUUCUACAGUCUCUGACAAUGCCAAGAGUAAGACAUCAUUAUUUAUUUACAGUGCUGUCACUCAGCAGAAACAUGCAAAUAUAUUUGUAUUGAUGGUGCUGAGGUAGUAACUUAUGUGUCUCAAACAGCAACACAGUGUGUCAGUCUUUCUGCUUUGUGGCUGUCUUGUUUGGCUAGCUAGGCAACAAUGUUGCCUUGACUUCAGAAACAGACUGGCUAAAGCAUAGGGCUGCUGCCAGAUCUUGUUGGUAUGCCUGACUAGUCACUCCUGC